CCGUGUCUCGGCUUUCGACAGAAUCCAUUCGCAUCCACGAUGUCGCACACCUCAAAGCUGCCAGUCUAUCUGCUCCUAGUCGCCAUUUCCUUGGGCGGAAGUCUGGCCUACGAUGUGCCCAAGGCCACCGUGAAGGUCAAUUCGCCGAAGGGAUUCGAGGUAUCCAUUCCCGACGAGCCGGGCAUCUCGCUGUUCGCCUUUCACGGCAAGCUCAACGAGGAGAUGGACGAUCUGAGCGAUCAGACCUGGGCGGCCGAUGUCGUGAGUUCCCGAAACGGACGCUGGACAUAUCGCAAUCGGAACCAGCGACUUCAGACGGGAGAUGUUCUGCACUACUGGACGACGGCGCGGUACAAUGGCAUCGACUACCACAACUACAACCAGGUUCAUGUGGUCGGGCAGGGGGAUUCCCAGAGAAUCGAUGUGAACGGCUCCAAUGGUGGUCGCCAGCCGAUCGUAGCCAACGGCCACAAUACGAUCAAUAUAUUUGUUCAAUAAAUUAAGCAUUAAGAUA